UCAUGGCUGACCACCGACCCCAUCAAAACCCCAUAAAGAAACAAACCUAGACUUUCUCUAAGUCAAUCCUAAAUCUACCUUUGUAUAUUUAACCCCUCCUCUCUCUUCUCCUUCCAAAAAUAACUAACAAUCCAAACUUCAUCGGUUUCUCUCUGUCUCUCUUCAAAUGGGAAAUGCAGUGUCUCCAUGUUUCCAUCAAAGUUCAAGAGCUUCAUUUGUGAAGCUAAUCUUCUGGGAAGGAACCACAAGAAUCUUAACAGGCAGCAGCAAACACAUAGCUGGAGAGAUCAUGUUUGAGAAUCCAGACAUGAUGGUUUGCCAUGCAGAUUCUUUCUUCAUUGGUCAACCUGUUCCAUCCCUGGCCAUUGAUGACGAGCUCAUGCCAGGCCAGACCUACUUUGUUCUUCCAUUAGAUCGCUUCGCAUUCAAUGUUUUGUCAGCCUCUUCUCUUGCAGCCUUCAGCUCUAGCCCUAAACGAACCCCUAUUAAUUUCGGGGAGUCUCCUUUCCAGUACUUAAAGGGUGCAGACGGUAGGGUUUUGAUUAAGGUUGUGCCGGAAUUUAUAGCAAGACUUGUAAAUAAAGGUGGAGAUCAAGAUCAAACUGGUUCUACUGGCCCUACUAAUAGUUUUCUUUGUAGCACUCCAGAGUUGAAGAAGCAUUAUGAACAGUUGGUUGGGUCAAAAGAACAAACAUGGUCACCUAAACUUGACACCAUCUCAGAGUAUAAACUAAGGUACUCUCCCUGCAGGUUUAUAGGGUUGGAGUGGAAACAAAAAGAGAAGGCAUAAUUAAUUUCUGUUCUUAGAUCAGUGCCAUGUAGCUAGAGCUAUGAAAUUACUUAGAAGAAAGAGAUAGAUAAAAAAAUACAUUAGUGAUUGCCACGUCUAAUACAAAACAAAAAAAAAAUGUAUUUUUCUCCUUGUCAUUUGAUUAUCAUCAAUUGUACAUAAAAUUAUGUGAUCAGAUAUAGUUGUGUUCAGAGCAAGUACUUUUUGCCUCUUCAA